AUGCUCACAUUCAUCAAGCUCAGCGACAAGUUCAGUGAUCCUAUUUCCCAAGCGACAAAGUCACAACGAUACGACGACGAGGAAGCUUUCGAGGUCAUGAACUUCCGAAUCGAACAAUGGCGGAAGAGGGCGGUUGCGGACCCCUCUAUAAUCCAACUCUGGCACAGCAACCCCCUAAGCCAGCCUCCGACAUGGAAGAUCCUCUUGAAUCUCCGGGCCGAGUCUGUUCGAAGUCUCCUAUUCAAACCACAUUUCUUCUCAAAAGCCGACGUACAAACCAGCAAGCAGUACCUCCGACCCGCCAUUGAAGUGUUAUUCGACGUUUGCAACGUUCUUUACAAUCUGAACACGACAACGGACAUUUACCGCAAACAACAACCGUUCUAUCAGCCUCUUCUCGCAUCCGCAUCCGGGCUGGGCUUCGUGCUUACAUCAUUCCUUGAACACAACAGGUCAGCUGUGUUGACUACUCUCUCUACGGAGGUUGCUGGAGCUAUGGGCCGAAGCUACGAGAUGGCUGUCGCCCUGGCAACUGGGCACGUUGGCUGGGAUUUCAAGUGUUAA